AUGUCUUACGGCGGCGGAUACCAGCGCGACUCCUACCGAAACGGCGGUGGUGGCGGUUACUCCAACGGCUACUCCAACGGAGGCGGCUAUGGUGGUGGUGGUUACGGUGGCGGCUCCAGCGGUGGCUACGGAGGUGGCUACGGGGGCGGCGGCGGCUAUGGAAGAGGGGGCGGUGGUGCUGGUGCCGGAGAUCGCAUGUCGAACCUCGGCUCUGGCCUGAAGAAGCAGGACUGGGACCUUGACUCCCUCCCCAAGUUCGAGAAGUCUUUCUACAAGGAACACCCCGAUGUCACCGCCCGCACCCAGCGUGAGGUGGAUGACUUCCGCAAGAAGAGCGAGAUGUCCGUUCAGGGACGCAACAUCCCUCGCCCUGUCGAGACCUUCGACGAGGCUGGAUUCCCUCAGUAUGUCCUGACCGAAGUCAAGUCUCAGGGCUUUGAGCGCCCCACCUCCAUCCAGUCUCAGGGUUGGCCCAUGGCUCUCUCCGGUCGCGACGUUGUCGGUAUCGCCGAGACUGGUUCCGGAAAGACCCUCAGUUACUGUCUCCCUGCCAUCGUGCACAUCAACGCCCAGCCCCUUCUCGCCCCCGGCGAUGGUCCUAUCGUUCUUGUUCUCGCCCCCACCCGUGAAUUGGCGGUUCAGAUUCAGGCCGAAAUCACCAAGUUCGGAAAGUCCUCUCGCAUUCGCAACACCUGUGUGUACGGUGGUGUCCCCAAGGGUCCCCAGAUCCGUGAUCUGAGCCGUGGUGUUGAGGUCUGCAUUGCCACCCCUGGUCGUCUGAUCGACAUGCUCGAGGCCGGACGUACCAACCUUCGUCGUGUCACCUACCUGGUUCUUGAUGAGGCCGAUCGCAUGCUGGACAUGGGUUUCGAGCCCCAGAUCCGCAAGAUCAUCGGACAGAUCCGUCCCGACCGUCAGACCUGCAUGUGGUCCGCCACGUGGCCCAAGGAAGUCCGUCAGCUCGCCUCUGACUUCCUCAACGACUACAUCCAGGUCAACAUCGGUUCCAUGGAACUUUCGGCCAACCACCGCAUCACCCAGAUUGUCGAAGUCGUUUCGGAUAUGGAGAAGCGCGAUAGAAUGAUUAAGCACCUCGAGAAGAUCAUGGAGAACCGCGGCAACAAGUGCCUUAUCUUCACCGGCACCAAGCGUAUUGCUGACGAGAUCACUCGUUUCCUUCGUCAGGACGGAUGGCCCGCACUUUCGAUUCACGGCGACAAGCAGCAACAGGAAAGAGAUUGGGUCUUGAACGAAUUCAAGACGGGCAAGAGCCCAAUCAUGGUGGCCACCGAUGUGGCUUCCCGUGGUAUUGGGCUCCUCGGCCACGUUGCUAUUACAACUAAUGCUCCGUUUGCUAACAUAAGUUUGUUUGAAGAUGUUCGCGACAUUACUCAUGUGCUGAACUAUGACUACCCCAACAACUCGGAGGACUACGUUCACCGUAUCGGUCGAACUGGUCGUGCCGGUGCCAAGGGUACCGCCAUCACCCUUUUCACCACUGACAAUUCUAAGCAGGCUCGUGACUUGAUCACCAUCCUUACUGAGGCCAAGCAGCAGAUUGAUCCCCGUCUCGCCGAGAUGGUCCGCUACAGCGGAGGCGGUGGUCACCACGGCGGUUACGGCCGCUGGGGUGGCCGCGGCCGUGGCCGUGGAGGCAACUUCACCGCUUCUAACGCGGCGCCUCUUGGAAACAACCGCCGCUGGUAA